ACCACCACAAAAGCUUCCCAAAUCGCAUGCUCUCAGGCGGGGCAGUGGCUUAUGACAGUAUGUGCCCCUCCGUCUUCCUCCUAUGGCUUGUCACUAUUCCUGUCCUCGCCCACUCUGCUCUAGCUUCUAUCUCUCUAGGGUAUUAUUUAGACUGUGGGGGCACGAAAGAGGUAACGGUAGACAAUCUCAAAUACAUUCCUGAUGGAAGCUACAUCAAGGUGGGAAACACCACCCCCAUCAACAAACCAGACUUGUUGCCCAUACUGUCCACGUUGCGUUACUUUUCGGACACAUCGGCUAGAAAAUAUUGCUAUUCAUUUCCCGUCUUCAAGGGCGGAAAAUACCUCGUUAAGACCAUGUACUACUAUGGAGGUUUUGAUGGAGGGAAGCAGCCUCCGGUGUUUGAUCAAAUCGUUGAAGGGACCAAAUGGGGCGUUGUGAACACGACAGAGGACUAUGCCAAAGACCUUAGCUCCUACUUUGAGAUUGUGGUGGUGCCAGCGGGGAAGACGCUGAGCGUGUGUUUGGCUAGGAAUUCACACACGGGUAGCUCAAGCCCCUUCAUUUCAGCCUUGGAGGUUAAGAGCUUGGAUGCUUCUUUGUAUAAAUCUACUGACUUUACCAAGUAUGCCCUUGUAACCGUUGCAAGGAAUGCUUUUGGAGCUGAAGAUAUCAUUAGUUCUCCAGAUGACAAAUUCAACCGAAUGUGGCAACCAUUUAAGGACGAUAAUCCUGUUGUGAAAACUCGUGCAAAUGUUACUCCUUCAGACUUUUGGAAUCUCCCUCCAGUUAGAGCAUUUAGUUCUGCAAUCACCACUAGUCGAGGGAAGGCACUUGAGAUUCAGUGGCCUCGUGCGUCCCUUCCAAGCACCUAUUACUACAUUUCCCUCUACUUUCAGGACAACAGAAAUCCAAGCCCUUACAGUUGGAGAGUUUUCGACGUUUCUAUUAAUGGCCACACCUUCUUUUCCAACCUUAAUGCCACAACUAACGGUGUCACUGUUUAUGCUGCACAAUGGCCACUCUCGGGGCAGACCAAACUUACGUUGACCCCUGGUAGUGGAAUACCUGUUGGACCUGUGAUCAAUGCUGGAGAAAUUUACCAGAUUCUACCUCUUGGUGGCCGAACUCGCACUAGAGAUGUAAUUGUAAUGGAAGAUUUGGCAAGAAGCCUUCAUAAUCCACCUGUUGAUUGGAACGGUGAUCCUUGUCUACCUAAGGGAAAUUCGUGGACUGGAGUCACGUGCUCUAGUGAUUUUCAUGCACGAGUCGUGACACUGAACUUGACAAAUGCUGGGUUGACUGGGUCACUUCCUCCAACUCUUGGCCAUCUAUCUGGACUUGCUCAUCUGUGGCUUGGGGGAAACAAACUCACAGGCAACAUUCCCGACUUGAGUGGACUGAAGGAGUUAGAAACUUUGCAUUUGGAGAAGAACAACUUUGAAGGAUCGCUUCCUUCAUCAACAGAGAAACUCCCAAAACUGCGUGAAAUUUCUUCCGAUUUUCAAAAGGCCAACACUAAGUGAAGUGAAAGCACAAUUUCAAGGUGGCAUUAGAGAUUCAUCGGUGAGAAUGAGCAUAAAGCCAUCGCAAAUUGGGCCAGAUUUGUAUGUGACUGGGGAGGCUUCAAUACAAUCGUAGUGUCAUGAUGGGAAGUGAAGAUUGACACAUAUAUACCAAUAUCCCAUUAUUUCUUUAUCGCGUUGGAAUUAUGGUUGUAUGCUUUUGUUGCUGCAAAUAUUAGAUGCAUGUGUAAUUGUACCAUGAUAUAUAUAUUGAGUAUAUAUGAUAGAAUAUGAUUGAAAGAAUCUAUUGAGUACAAAUAU